CAUGUUUCAGUCUGAGUUUCAGUCUGAUGUGCCAAUGUCGCUGCCAGCGACCGAGAGGGCCGAGAUGUGAGGACGAUGCUGAAGUUUGCUCAACUUGGCCCAGCCGAGGAAGAGCAAUUGAGGAAGAGUGGUAUCGACCGCGCCAAACUUCGAAUAGAAUAUGAGGCGGCGCUGUCUUUGCUGCAGCAUCGCGCCUCAGAGGCGGCUGAGCUCCUACGACGCUUGGUCUUCGUGUCGGACGACCAAGGGGUGCCCUUGGCCUUGACCGCGGACCAGCGUGACCGGGUUUGGCUGCAGCGCUUCCACGUGUUGUGCUUGCAAAACCUGGGUGCUGCUCAGCAAGUGCUGGUUGGAAAGGAGCAGCAGGCCCUGGCCAGUUUGAAGGCCGCAGUGAAGUUGGAGAAGGAGUCUUCAACCGUCCCCAGGGCAUCUUUGUGGCGACAGCUCGCUGAUGCAGCGGCCACUGCUGGUGAUUGGCAGACGGCCACAGAGGCCUUGCAGCAGUGCCUUGGUGUUUGGCACACUGAGCGGCCGAAUGGCGGGCUGCCGGAGGCCGGGCUCUUGCGGGCAAUGGUGACCUGCGCAGUGCGGCUGGGGGAUUUGCCAAGGUCACAGCAAGCACUGUCACAGCUGGCGGAGCAAGACGCCUUGGAUGAAGGCGAGAAGUGGCUUCAGCAAAAAUUGAAGCGCCGAUUUGCGACCACCUUCUAUCACUUAGAACAUCCGACCGGAACCACUUCAGAGGUGGACCUCCUCAACGAGCACUACUCACGAGCCAAGCGCCGCCGGGCUGAGCGCAUGUCCACCAGCAGGGAGCUUCUCCAGAAAUUUUGCCCUCCGCAGGCGCACUGCCUGAUGCGCUUAAGCAUGCUGGAGUUCCUUCAAACGCUUCGCGCACUAGUUGCACAAGCUGUUCCGCCACAUCAACCAGUGUAUUUUGAUUUCAGCGAGUGUGCUGGGCGUCAGGACAGCCAGAAGGAGGCUGCAACGGAGGAGCACACACCGUCUGACCUCUUGCUGGAGGGCCUUCGAGCUAUGUUGGUGAAGCCCUGGCCACCGAGUGGUUCGGCCUCCCGCUGGUUGCUUCAACUGUUGGCCUCCGCACCGGAGUCCACCGUGACAGAGGAGACAGACAGCAUCUCCAGAUUUCUAGGGCUCAGUGAGGCAUCGAAGUGGAAGAGCAAGUGCCAAACUUUCCGCACUUGGUUGUUCGAUGUGAUCCGCUUUACAGCAGCGCACCGGGAAGAUAUUUUGCGGACCUCUAUGGACCUUUGUAAACUUACCUCUCUCCAGGUGGAGCUUCUUCACACGGUGGUCUUCUUCUCACAGCCAGUGGUGCGAUGCGAGAACUAUGACACCGGUUUGCGCAGCUUUUGGGCGCAUCGAUCCUUCCUGACCUGGGUCGUGCGGCCUUUGCGGGAAGGCGAAGAUGCAGAGCCGCGACAACUCCUGAGGGACUUCGUCCAAGAGCACGGACUGGCUUUAGCGGAAGCUUGUGCAGCCAUUGGCCGCCGGGCCCCUUGGCUCCUCACGGCCGGUCGGAGCCUAUUGCGCGCCUGGCUGUAUUGGCAUCCGCAGUUUGGGCUUUCGUCUUCGGAGGAUGUGGGGCAUCUACGCAACUGGCUGGAGGAAGGCCUUGGCUUUGAAAGUGCCACAGUGCUUGGGCGCUUGAAGGAAGAGAAUGAGGUUCGCUUGGCUGAAGCAGUCCACAAGAGAGAUUCGAAGGCGGAGGUGCUGGGGAUGCUUCACACGGGUGCGCAGCUGUUGGAGUAUGCCUUCCUUGCAGCGGCUAGCAGGGCCACUCCGCAGGAUCCACCAACCGAGGAGGCUCGUGAGCUGUCCCUGCUCCGUUGCUGGGCGUUGGCUUCAGUCUCGGGUGGUUUUGAUGACAUGACCCCGGAGAAGCUUUCGGUCAGGCUUCAGAAAGUCAGGCAGAAUCAGGACACGCCCAGGGAUGAGAUGGCGGUUGAGACCAGCCAGGUUCAAGAAGCGCAGCCUGUCGAAGACAUGGACGUGACCCUGAGGCGCGUGAUGGAGGAGCUGGACGAGUUGCCUUCCCCGGCAGUCGGUAUCAGCAAGGAAUUCUCAGCACGCUUGAAGAGUAUUUUUCCUUGGGAGACACCGACACAGACAGAGACUCACGAGACGGCGGUGAGGAAAAAGAUGCCCGUGGUGGCAAAGAUCUUGACCAAGGCAGCCUUCGGACUGGACGAGUUGGCUGAGGAUGAAUGGUCCAAGGUCUCAUCAUUCUACUUCGGGAUGCUGCUCAGAUGCCUUCGCUUUGGAAUUGGUGUCUUGGACGAGAUUCCUCGCAGCCACGUUCAGGAGUCGAACUUUGCGCCUCGCCUCCAUGGCAUAAGGGGCGACAUUUUCCUGAGCCCGGUCCUUGAGCAAGUGGUCAUUGUCAGUUUGUUGUUGGCCUCCUCUUUGAGCCAAAGGGUCUUGAGAAGCAGCAUAACUCGAGAUUGGUGUUUGUUGGCCCAUGGAUCGAUCAUCUUGGGAUUGAAAGCUCUUGGCCUCCUUCUGGUGUCUCCAGCUGAGGGAGAGAUCCGUGGCGGCAUAAUGCUGGCACGAGGAAGUGAAAAAUCCACUUUAGCUAUGCGGCAGUUGUGGCUUCGCAUCAGUCGACUCUUAGCCGCAGGCCAUGAUUUGAGCUUGGACCUCCUGCAGCACUUCAUCGAAUCCAGGGAUCACUUUCUGCCGGAAGACAGCCUAAAGCUGAGCUGCGUGCAGCUCUCGUUCAAGACCCAGAGCAAGGAACAUUGGCGCAUGUCGGUCUCCAAGGAGACCACUAUGUCCAUGCCUCAUCUCAUGAUGACGCUGGCUUUGCGCGCCGAUUGCCCUAUGCUGCGGCGUUGGCGUUCCAGAUGCACACAAUGGCAGGAGCAGGUGGGUUCGGGAACUUUGCCAAGAGCGUGGAAGGUUGGUUUGCGCUCUUUUGCACAGGAAGAGUCCCCAGCUGGUUGCCGUGAGGAGGACCUGCCUGACAAUGAAGAGACCUGUCGCUUGUUCCGUCGUGCGAUGGCCUGCCUUUGGCCCUUGCCGCUGCUGGAUUUGAAUGAAAGUGAGGCGAUCACAAGAAGAAGUGGAAGAAGUGCAUUCAUGCGAUGGAUGCUGACGAACAAGCUGUUCAACAACAUUUUUUGCUUUUCUGAGAAGAUGAGUGAGGCUCAGAUGGAGAGCAAGUUCCAGGGUUGGAAGACAGCUGAGGUUGUACCUCACAUCAUGAGCCUGGCCCUGGCAGUGGAUGGAAGGUUGGAAUGGAAUGACAUGUGGCAGGCUGCUAUUGAGCAGCUGGACCAACAGCUUUUUUGGUCCACAGAUCAGCAAGUGGACCAGCAGCUGCCGCAGGUGCUUUUCCACCCGUUGGUGAUCAAUGGAGCCAUUGUGCAAAUGCUAUGGGAGCAGCCCUCCACUGCCAUGUCGGCCUACGGGAAGAUGGCACAGUUCAAAGUGGAAGAUCUCCAGGACAUCCCUGGCCACCACAUGGGAGACCAUUUCAGCAGUGGAGCUGGUGAGGCCCGUGCGCAGCUUUUUCUGGAGAUGGCCAGCGCAAGGGAUGCCUUGCACAAGGAGGUGGAAGACGUCACCAAACGACAGACAGGAAAGACCUCCUUCGAAGCGGAUCCCAGUGCAUUUAGUUCGGAGCGCCUGUCGAAAUUGGACCUCGAUGAGUUGUCUUUGGCUGAGGACCUUCUGAACAAAGCCAGUAGUAUGGCGCCUGUAACAGUUCUGCCCUUCUCGAAUCCAUACUUGGUGCAAGCCAACAGACCAGUGGAUCUCUUGAAGUUAAGCAAGGACGAGCUCGGGCAGGCAAUCGUUUGCAUCACCAAAGCAUUGGCAAUUUGUCCAGGGUGUAAAUUAUGGUCGCGUCUCGCAGACAUUUACGCACGCCUUUGGGUUGUGGAGGAUGAUUCCACUUGCUUAAAGGAAAGCUGGACACAGAAGCUUGAGGCAGAUCGCAGUUGGCCUCCACGGCUGAUCUUCCUGUGUCGUCAGACGAAAGUCCUGAACCUCAUGAUUCAGUCGUCCAUUCGCCAAUCCAUUCGGCGGGCUGCACCGGUAGCUGACCAGCAGCACUUGGCCAGAGCCUGGUUUGAAAGGAAAUUGGAGUUGCUAGUGCUGAUGAUGCUACGGCGGCGAUAUUUUGCCAAGCUUGAUGGCAAAUUGCAUUUGCGCCGCUGUCAGCACCUGGCGCUGAGUCUCAUUUGGUUCUUGGUGCACUGCACGGACUAUGGAGAUGUGAUCCCGGCUUGCAGGGAGGCUCUUCAAAAGGCUGUGCUGAAGCUUCCGGAGGAGUGGCAAGGCUUUGCAGGCCGUGCUGAGCCUUUGCUUUGUUUCAGGAGUGGAGCACUUGGAUCGCCUCCUGCUUAUCUUUGGUACGUUCCCUAUGUCAUGGGGCGAAUCGAGUGGAAGCUUCGAAAGCAACUGGGUGCACAUGCUUCAGCAGAGGCCGCUCUAGGCUACCUGAGUGAUGCCUGCAAUAUGGAGAACGAAGUCCACACUCUCAUGGAGUCUAUGUCCCAGAGAGGCUUAUUGGCCAGGACCUACCAGAAGUCGGAGCUGGCUGUUGCACGAGAGCGGUCUAAGGAGCCUCACUUCAGGUGCGAAGUGCUCCGUGUCAAGCUGUGCAUGGAAGCCGAAGGCUGGCGCUUAGCAGCCACACGACCUCGCAUUGGGGGGUGUGAGACUCUCAUGGAAACCUUGGGAGAUGCGGUUGAGGCGCUUGACACGAUCGCAAACCUUGAGAACUCCUACAAGCCCAAGGUUGCAAUCAUCAAGGCUUGCUUGGAUCUUCAUUUGAAAGACUUUGAUGAUGAGAAGGCAGCCGAGCAUGUGCGCCACCUCCAAGGCUCCAGCUACAUCUUUGACGAGCAAUCUAAGUACGAUCCAGCAGGCAGCAGCAUUGCGGGGGGCUACGACCCUUGGGUCGUUUUGGAGCAGCGUCAGCGCAAGGUGGAAUCACAGAGGCUGAAGGCAUUGUUUGCAAGCCUGAGCAUCUACAAGGCCCUGCUCUUGAACUGCUUGCCGAAAGGUGCAGAGGUCUCAGUGCCCACAGACCUCAAGACCUUCCAACAGCUGGAGGCCAAGCGUUCCCUGACAGACCUACACGGAGAUUGUGAGAAAGUACCUCUUCCAUACUACAGCAAGGUGGUCUCAGAGAUGGAGAAGCUCAAGCAGAAUCGGCCAGAGCAUUGGAAGGACCUUUUCCUGGUGACCUUGGCCUUGGUUCGAUCUGCCAUUUCAGCUGCAGAAUCCUCUGACAGGCACCUGUUGCGCUCGGUGCUGAUCACCAGAGCCCUGAGGGAAGGCUGCCUGUGCAUGGCCAAGGCCGGCAUGAGCUCCCGGAAAGGUCGUUGGGACUUUGCAUCCUCAAGGCCUCACGUAGACAUGCGCAUCUUCAGCCUCUUCAUGCGGUUUUGUGAGAGGUUGGAGAGCCUUUCGAAGGAUGAAAACACACAUAAGGAGCUUGAAAAGCUGCACGACAGCGUGAUCUUUGCUGCCCUUCGAUUGCGAAACUAUGCGCUUGACAAAGCCGGCUACGGAGGCACCCAACAAGCUCGAAAGCCACGCUUUUUCGAAGCCAAGGCUUUCCAUGAUAGCUUUAGGGACGCUGACCUGCAGACCUUGGGCCAACGAGGAGCUCUAGGCAUCAAGGACCUUCGAGGAAUCGAGGCAUUUGGAAGGCGAACGAAGAAGAGGCUGCGGAGGUGAAGAAGUCCACCAAGAUCAUUCAAGCUGAAGCACCGCUCACAACGCUCAAAGACAGCGAUGGAAGAGG